GCCAGUGAAAAGAAGACAUGCCACACAAAGGUAUCCCACCCUACCUUGGGCCCUCAGCUCCUGGGAAACAGAGGAAAAAGACACAGGGUCAGUGGGGCCACACACACACACACACACACACACGCGUACACACACACACACACACACACGUACACACAAUACACGCCCACACACACACACGUACACACAAUAUACGCCCACACACACACAAUAUUCACCAAACAGGGCUUCAGUCACAGGAGGGCCUCCUGUCAGUGGUACAGUGAAAUCAAAUGCAAAGAACAGAAAUGAACUAAACAAUAACAAUGUAUGUGACCUGAAAUGAACUAAACUAUGGGCCAAGCGCUGUCACACUGGGGAUCAGCAGCGCUACACAAAUGGCCUCUUACCAGUGGCUAACAACAAGGGGAACAGAAACUAAACAAGCAAAACAAACAAACUCAGCUGCGUCAGUUACUCAGACACUCAAUACAUACUGUAUAUCAGACAUCACAACAUUCAUUCAUUCAUCCACCCAGACGCGCAGACACAAACUAAGAUGUAGGACACAGAGUUAUUUGUAACAGGACAGUGUAGAAAAACGGCGGUCAGCAAAGCAGCAGUGUUCAGGUGUUAGUAGGACCUGAGUAAUUGUUGCUGCUCCCUAGUGCUAACUCUGGCCCUCCCUGCUACACAUUAAAUAUGUCAUCCAUAAUCUAUAUGCUAAACAUGGACAUUGGUCUGAACAGGUUCAGCUGAUUUGCCCCUGCCUAGGAAUGGGUUAGUUACACAUAUUUUUUUAAGUUAGCCAAAGGUCUGACAAAACGUGGCCUGUUCUGGUAUCUGACAAAUUAUACUCUCAUGUGCGUUUUUCUUCUACCCGCAUCACCCCCAGAUGUUGACACACUUGAGGUCCAGUACACAGUGCAUCAUGGCCCAGGUGGUAAUCUGCAGUUUCAGCAGACAACUCUGUUCAAUGGACAUGUGAUAUUUACCUGUAGCAGCCCAACACUGAGAGACCAACCACAACAGCACUGGGUAACAAACGCAUUCACCCAAGAGGGACUGGAGGAAAGACAUGAGCAGUGUAAACAUCAACGUUAUGAGCACUUUGCUUCAUUUGAGAAGAUAAAACAGACUAUCACUGUUUCAGCAGUACCUAUCUUGAAGAUGCAUCUACCAGCAAGGCCCAGCGAUGACGCACACGCAGGUAUGGAGCUUCAUAUCUUUGGCAAACACAUCCCAGGAGGAACUGUCUCAUAUUUACAGUGUCUUGUGGCAGACUAUAGCCUAUCAGGAGUCAGCAGCCAGUUAACUAAAGAUGGAGUUCCUCUUGAUCAUGGAGUUUAUCAGACUGGACCUCGUCCAAAUGGAGAUGGAACAGUUCAGAUGAGAGUCCAGGUUAAGACCACAAUGGACAACAGCAAAACAUAUCGUUGUGAAGUUCACAGUGAGACUUUCAACAAGUCUGUUAUCUUUGAUUCUCCUGAAGACGGAACCCUUUCACAGAAAUCUCAAGAAGAAAAAAAAAAAGUUAAAUAUAAAACUGAUGGCAGCUCAUCUUCAGAGUCAACUCAAAGGCUGAACGCUUCCACAUCUGAAGGAAAAAAUAAACGUGUGACAGCAUUAACAAAGUUCCCAGUUGAAAUGGCAACCUGAGUAUUUCAGUGUACUGGAUAUGUAAAUGUAAAGGUUUCAAAGCCAAGUAUACAAGGAAAUUGGUCUCUGAAUUUAUCCCAUCCGUGAAUUAGUGAACACACAGUGAGGUGAAGCACACCC